AUGCCUCCCCGCCCUCUAGACUACAAUGUUUGGCAGUAUGGAACAGGUAUUGGAAACAUGCCCUUAGAACUCUGCGAGCAUCUCUCGGAGUGCAAAGGGGUGGCUGCUCGAGUUCACAUGUUUGUGCAGCCUAAUAAUGGACAAAGCUUCCAUCAAAUACUAUCUACUCAGGCCCGAGUACGCGGCAUCCCGCGCAUCCCAGUUGGCUGUUUAUUCGAAUACGAUUACGACGAUAGCAAGUCCAUUAUUUGCGGAAAUCAUCAGCAACUCGAGCGGGACCUCCAGAGUGGUAUGAACCCAAAUGUUACAACCGAGGCAGGGAUCACGCUUCUCUCCCUUGCGGUCGGGCGGGGAGAGGCUGAAUGUGCCCGAGUACUCUUGGAAUACGGGGCUGAUCCGAACCUAAGAGGGGACUGGCAGAUUGCUCUCCCCCUGGACUAUACUUCACCUAUCCAUCCUUUGCCCGCGAGAAUGACGAUCCAACAGCUUCUUCUCCACGGAGCUAGAUUCCAAUACCCAAGUGUGUUUGCUGCUAUAUGCAGCAUAAACGACACUCGGUACGUGCGCCAAGCAGUGGACAAUGGAACAAAUCUAGCCGCGAUGUGCUUCCCUGAUGGCAACACAGCCUUGCAUUUUGCAGCCCGAGCCUACAGUGACCGUCCUGAUAUUGCCGACACUGUGGCUGAACUGGUGCCCGCGCUGGCCAACAGUCGGAAUGACCGAGACGAGACACCUCUACAUCUAGCCGUUACCCCGGCUCUACAGGAUGCUAUGCUUAGAGCCGGCGCUAACCCGAAUGUCCGUGAUCGUGACGGUGAUACACCAGUACACCUGGCAAUUCGCAGUCAAACCAUUGACCUGAUUCGGCCAUUGCUCAACAGCCGCAGGACGGAUAUUGAGGGUAUGCAAAAUGAUGCAUGCGAAGGGCCUGGUGGUCUCCUACCGGCUUAAUCAUCGUUACAAUCGUCUACUCAAUGACAUGCGUGAUUUGUGGUAGUUGCUGUCAGUCUGUAUUCUGUCUUUGCAUACUUCUCUUGGUACUUUACCUAUGCCUUUGUCUUUGGUUAUCUUUUUCAUUACACUCUAUCCUCAUGAUUCCAGCUUCAACGCUAAUCAGGGAUAUGGACCGAGUCUUUUUUUUUCGGGGUUACCUUCCUAUUUAUUAGGGUUUGUUUUUUUCCCCUUGCUUUUACGCGUUCUAGAUUACUCUCAUCUAUUCACGAUCGCAGCUGCUAGAUAAGUAUCAACUUAUCAGUCGCCGAUCGGGAUUGGAAUCUUAUGGUUUUAUGAAUUGGAAUUAUUUCGG